AUGCUGUCCUCACUAGGGAACUCGAGGCAAGCGGCCACGCAGAUCCUCAACUUUGCCCUGAUUCUGUCGACAGCAUUUAUGAUGUGGAAGGGUCUAUCUGUCGCGACAGACUCGCCUUCGCCAAUCGUCGUCGUCCUCUCAGGGUCCAUGGAGCCCGCUUUCCAGCGCGGUGAUUUACUCUUCCUCUGGAACAGGAAUAUAGUUCAAGAGACGGACGUGGGCGAGAUUGUGGUCUACAACGUCAAGGGCAAGGACAUACCGAUUGUGCACAGGAUCGUGAGGAAGUUUGGCGUAGGUCCCAAAGCCAAGCUCCUCACCAAGGGCGACAACAAUGCGGCAGACGACACGGAGCUGUACGCCAAGGACCAGGACUACCUCGAGAGGAAAGACAUCAUUGGCAGCGUUGUGGCGUAUAUACCGUUUGUCGGCUACGUGACCAUCAUGCUAUCGGAGCACCCUUGGAUGAAGACUGCGAUGCUGGGUAUCAUGGGAUUGAUGGUGGUGCUGCAGCGCGAAUAG